AUGUAUUUUGCUUUUGGAUGGCCAAAGGUGUUUAGCAGUGGGAUCAAUGAGACUUUUAUUGAUGUUUCUCACAAUGCCGAUGGAUCACUGAUUGCACUACUCUCGAUUUCAUCGAUCUCCAUUUGGUCGGGCGAUCAACACCGUAUUCACUUGGGAUAUGUCAUUCGCUCGGAAGAUUCCAUCAAUAAGUUUGGUAGAAAUCAAUCGAUAUCGUGGUGUCCAGAUUCCUCUGCCAUUGCAGUUGUACAUCUCGACAACUCUAGUCUACUUCAUCAAUCGCUGAUUCCGUCGAGUCAGACGCCCGCCCUCAUCGAUUGUAACGACGCACAUCUUGCACUGCUGACAAGUGAAUCAUUCUUUUAUCUCUACCGAGUGGUAGAGCGACAGGAUCGACCUGGAAUCGAUCUCUAUACACUCCAUGUACUUUCCAUGGCCAUUCCAUCCACACCCCUUUCACUCUCAUUGCUUCCACCCAUCCAGGUUCCACCCUCUGGCAAUAGCAAUGUAAAUUCACCAACGAUGAAUCAACAACAACAACAACAAGAGAUACCACCAUUACAAUCACCAAGAAGUUAUAGUCGUUCCAAUAAUUAUUUUCCACAGUUUCCAGAGGUGGCAAUGUGUUGCGCUCGUAAAAUAGAUGCCACACACUGGCCAGAUUUGUUUUCACACGUUGGCGACCCGGUGGCGCUAUACCAGCGUUGCUUGGCCGGCGGAAAGAUCGAGAUUGCAGCAUCGUACUUGAAGAUCCUUCAAAAUCUGGAGAGCAAUGAAUUCAGUCAGCGGUGUGCACUCGAUAUGCUAGAGAUUGUUUUGGAUUUCGACAAUAUGGAUCUUGCGGGUGAUCUCGUUCGUUUCAUGGAGCCAGAGGACGAGAAUCUCUCACCGACCAUUCACAGUAAAUUGGAACAAGAGAAGCUCCAAAUCCUAAGUUCCUAUGCCAGCAAGCUAUUGAAAUCAAAGCUACUGAGAAACUUCCUGUUGUUCUCGCGCAAAGUCAAUAUGGAGAUAUCACACUUUUUGGCCAGUGAAAAACGUUCUACCAUUUUGAGAACUGCCGAGGAGUUGGAUAUGGCACUCAACUCAAUACAUGUACAGUUUUAUAUAAAUCUUCCAGUGGAUCAGAUCGCUCCAUUUUCACCGGCUGCUGUGCUAUCCACUUUCUCACCGGCACCAAGCCCGUCCUCCAAUGGAUCGGUAACAAGUUCAACAACAGCAAUUCCAUCACCAGUUUCCAUUGUAAAUAACAGUAGUACACUAAAAAAUAGUGGAUCGAUAAAUGAAAGAGAGAAAAUGUAUAGUAACAGCAACAACAACAAUGAAUCCACUCCAACCGGAAUUGGAAUGAACAGUAGCAGCGGUACCGCUGUUUCAGAGUUGAAGUUGGAAUCCGAUGACAAUUCAUCUUCGAUCACCAGAGAUGAAAUGAUUGAACUUCUCAAAUCGAGAAUACAAAUGGCACCAAGCGAACAUCAUCAUCAUCAUCAUUAUGCAGGACAACAGGGUUUGGUUAGUUCAACAAGCACGGAAUCAAUCAACAGUCUUUCAAACUCAACAUCAACAAUGCCUUCAAGCACAACCGCCAUAUACUCAUUCAAAUCACACCAGUUUAUGGUUGCUCCCUCAUUCACCAAUUUCGAUGUUAACGACCCUUCAUUCCUUCAAGAUAGUAUUGAUUCCUCAAUGGACGAUCUAUAUUUCCUUCUUCAAGAAUUAACAAAUGCAGGAUGUAACGAAUGGGUGCUAGUCAUUGGUACAGUUUUAUUAAAUCCAGCUCUGAUCUCAAAGACAUUGAAAAAGAUCCCCAACAUCUAUGAGAAUUACUGUAAAAUGCUAUCACACCAAAAACCACAAGGUUAUUCUCAGCUUUUAAAGUUCAUUGAAGACACAGUGUAUCCACUCCUCUCAAAAUCACAAUUGACAUCAAAGAAAUAUGGUGUCAGUGGUGGAGGUAUUAUUAGUAGUAACAAUAACAAUAACAACAGCAACAACAAUAGCAAUAGUAAUAGUAGUAAUGGUGUUGGUGAAAUUGGUGAAUAG